UAAAUAAUUAUAAAUAUUAAUACCUACACACACAAAUAUAUACAUUAACAUGCCAUAAUAGGUGUUAUUUAUAGAAAUAAAAUAUUUUGAAUGCAUAUUGUAGUCAGUGUAAAUUAAAUCUUGUAAAAAACAGAACAAUUGGAUACUAUUAUACAUAAAAAAAUUAAACAGCUUUUUGCUAACCAAUGAAAGUGGUCGAUCGAAUCCUAAUUAAAAUGAAGAGGAGGAAAAUAACAAAAAAACAAUUCUAAUAAUUAAGGAACAAAGAUUUGCUACAAAACCAGGGCUCUUUCUUUUAUAUACAAUUGUGAAUAGACAAUACUAAUAUUAGUAAAAUAAAAUAUUGAAAAGGAGAACCCAGACAUGGCGCCGAGAUCAAGACAGAAGAAAGAGAAACAGACACAUGCACUUUUGUGUUAUUGUGAAAAUGCGUGCCCGGACGGCUCUCCAAAUGGAACGUGUAAAACACAAAUCGGUGGAUCGUGCUUCAGUUCAGUGCAGCAAGAUGAAGAUGAAGAUGGCGAGCUAUAUGAAUUACGAUUUUAUGGAUGUAUGUCUCCAUCAAGUGACGGAGGAUUUUGGCAGUGUCAAACAUCACCUCAUCUACAUGGAAUCAAUGUAAAAUGCUGUGAUGAUACAGAUUAUUGUAAUCGAGAUGAUGAGUUAGAGCUAAUUCCACGAACAACAGAACCUCCAGCUCAAACUGCAGCAGAAUCAGUGCCUAACAUUCACAUGAUAGCACUAGUCGUGUCCUUAUUUGUGUGUGCAACGGUGUUCUUAGUGAUGAUAACAAUAGUUUACGUGACAUUCAAAAAACGUGAACGUAGACGUCGACAAACUAGGUUAAUGGAUUCGAUAGGUAUCAUUCAAACCUCUCCUUUGUCUGAAUUGAUGGAACAAAGUUCAGGUUCGGGGUCUGGUCUUCCAUUACUUGUGCAACGGACGAUUGCCAAACAAAUUCAAAUGGAAAGAUCGAUAGGAAAAGGAAGAUAUGGCGAAGUCUGGCUAGCAAAAUGGCGCGAUGAAAAAGUUGCUGUGAAAAUUUUCUUCACUACCGAAGAAGCAUCAUGGUUCCGGGAAACUGAAAUUUACCAGACAGUCUUAAUGCGUCAUGAAAAUAUUUUAGGAUUCAUAGCUGCAGACAUAAAAGGGACAGGAUCAUGGACACAGAUGUUACUCAUAACAGACUACCAUGAAUUAGGAAGUUUGCAUGAUUAUCUGCAAAAACGUGUUCUAAACCCUUCAAUGCUUAAAAAAUUGGCCUUGUCCUUGGCAUCCGGCUUGGCACAUUUACAUACUGAAAUUUUUGGAACUCCCGGAAAACCAGCUAUUGCUCAUAGAGAUAUCAAGAGUAAAAAUAUUCUCGUAAAACGCAAUGGACAAUGUUGCAUAGCGGACUUUGGGUUAGCCGUAAAAUACUCAAGCGAAUCUGAUGAAAUACAAAUUGCUCCUAAUACUCGUGUAGGUACACGUCGAUACAUGGCGCCUGAAGUACUAGAUGAAACUAUCGAUUCAAAAUCUUUUGAAAGUUUUAAAAUGGCAGACAUGUACUCGGUGGCUUUAGUAUUUUGGGAAAUGAGUCGUAGGUGCAUAACAACUUUACGUGGCACUAAAAGUACUACAUGUGAAGAUUAUGCCUUACCCUAUCACGAUGUUGUUCCAUCAGACCCAAGUUUCGAUGAUAUGUAUGCCGUGGUUUGUGCAAAGGCUUUUCGACCUCCUAUACCAGCACGAUGGAAUGAUGAGGAUAUACUCGUCAUUUUAUCUAAAAUCAUGCAAGAGUGCUGGCAUUCAAAUCCUGCAGUCCGGUUAACGUCACUUAGAGUGAAGAAAACGCUAUUCAAAUUAGAGAUUGAAGGUACUGAAAAGAUUGUGUAGUAACGGUGAAUAAAACUGUAUAUACGUUUAUCAUCGUGCAAAAUGCUUCCACAAAUGUACAAAAAUACAAAGUUGUAGAUGAUGCUGCAAAUGUAUAAACUUGAACAUUUUUCAACAAAAUUAUUAUAAAAUGUAAACUUAAUCCACCUUUUAUUCAAUAACACAUGCAUCUUUUCGGUUAACAUUAUUUUAAAAAAAUAGGUAUAAAUAUAAUUAUAUAUUAUCUGAUUGAUAUUUGCCAUAAUUGAAUUUAUGAAUAUGUGUAGCCUUAAAUUAAAAAAAAACCUAGGCCUUUCAAACAGUUUAAAUGUUAUACAUUUGAACUAAAUAACUCAGAAGCCUUUUAAAAAGAACAGUUUAUAUUUUUAAUAACUUUGCCAUAAUGACUUGUAUAGAAACUAAUAUUAUUUUCACAAUCACGUAACAUUAAAAAUUUGUAUAAAUUAGUUUUUAAGGACAAAUUUGUAAUGUUAAACAUAGAAUAAGGAUUAUUAAAAAAUUGGAAAAUAAAGUAAGAUAACAACAGUUCAAUUGAAAAAAAACAUUAGGUAUUGAAAUACUUUGUAAGUUAAUGUAAGUCAGAAGUCGUUAAAAUAAAUAAAUAAUAAAAAUUAAUUGAAGUUGAUGGUUUUAAUUU